CGAACGUCCAACGUCACACCAACUUUAUUCCAGUCAACGACAAAGCAACAGUGUGACGUUGUUUGUUUGUUAGUUUGUGUUUCAAGCGUCCGCGACAUUCCAGAAUAGAAUACGCGCUCGCGCUGCUGUUGUUGCUGUCGUUCCAUAACGGUUAACUAAGAGAAAGGAGAAAACGGACGCUCGAGAAACGUUUAUUCAACACAACAAUGCUCCGACAUCUCAAACGAAGAGCUCAAAUAUCAUUCAAGAAACUGGAAGAACAGCAGACUUUACUAAAGGAAGACAACAAGACCAUCAAAACCCUCGAGUAUGGAAAACUUCUGGAAGCAGAACACGGCAGAAAUGAGUUUCCAACCCAAGAAGGUGAAACAGUCCCGGUUGAUAAGACGGAUAAUACCGUUAACACACCUGCUUCUCCAGCUCCAGUGAGGUCCUGUAAAGAAGUAAGUUCCUCUUGCAGUUUCCAUCCUGAACUGGAGCCGCGUUUCACCGUCGCGCACGCGGAGUCUGUCACACCUGUCACACCUGUCACGCGCAGCGUCGAAGCGGCUACAGAGGGCGUGAGCUUCCCUCAGCUUCCCUCAGGAACAGAUGAUUAUAACACAACAAACUACAAAAAUAGAAAAGGCUAUAUCAAGAAGCCCAUGAACGCCUACAUGGUUUGGGUGAGGACACAGUGGUCUAUCUCGUGCAAGGCCAACCCGAAUGCCAGCUUUGCAGAGAUCGGCAUGCUACUUGGGAAUGGGUGGAGAAACCUGAGUGAAGAACAGAAGAAACCCUACUACGCAGAGGCACGGAGGCUUAAACAGAAACACAGAAAGAAAUUUCCUGAUUGUGUUCAUAAUGCUGAGACGAGAAAGAGAUUCAGCCCAGAAGUGGCACCUCUGGACACUACCUCUAAUGCCUCACCAACCGCACCCCUGGCACAUCCUCAGAGAUCUGCGCCUCAGAACAUCCCUGUAGCAUCACCCAGAAACUCCAGCUUGCAGUACUCAGCCAUGCAGACCAAUCCAAUGUUCUCCGUCAUGGACAUGCCAAGAGAAGUACCACUCCAUGGCCUGGUGUCUGGAUCUAGAGGACAGUUCCCUGACCUUGCCCACUCACAAGUACCACUGUCUCCUCGUUGCCCCAUGUUGCUUCCCUUUUGUUCCACCAUUCUACAUGUCUGGGCUGCCAUUCUGCCAGACCAGGUAAGUCGGAUUAUGCCUGCUGUAGAGAGCCUGGGGCAGAAACACACAGCAACGACACCUAGAACAGCACAGACGUUCCUGACUUCUGUACCAGUCCAGGACAUACAUGCCUUGGAGAAAUUGUUCAACAACCUUACUCGGAGGAACAACGUUUCAGAAGAGGAAGACAGUGGUGAAAUUCAAAUGCUUUAGUGUACAUGCAUGACAAUGCAUUGAACAUGAUCUUCAAAUAAACAGCGUUCUUUGUUAACAGUUUUCUAAGCUUUGUUUCUGCCAGUCACUUUUUAUUUUUAAUUCAAAGAUAGGGAAAAUGUCAAGAAAGAUGAGGUGAGUGAGGGGCACAAUAAACUCAAUGAAUCAAAGGAAAGAAGAGAUGAAGCCUAUCCUUGUGACAGGGACGAUGAUUGGAACAGCACUGGUGAUAAAGAUGAGGAUGAUAACGCUAAUAAUGAUGGUGCAUGUUCAGGGCACAAUAAGCAGAAUGGUACAGAGGAAUGGAAGGACCAGGAUUAUUCUUGUGACAGGGAAGAUGAGGGCUCAAAAGGUUGACAGG